AUGGCCGCGUCCGAGAAAGUGAAACUCCCCUCGGGGACUCCGCCCAUCGCAGUGAGUGAAGUGACCAUGGAGUCGCUAAUAAUCGAUCCAGUCGAAGAAAAGAAAGUCCUGAGGAAGAUUGACCGAGUCGUCAUGCCGCUCAUGUUUGUCGUCUUCUUCUUCCAGUUCCUCGACAAGCAGACCAUCAACUACGCCUCCGUCUUUGGCAUGCAGCAGGACAUCCACGUCUCCGGCACCGACUUCUCCUGGGCCGUCAGUCUGUUUUACUUUGGCCAGCUGGCCGCGCAGUUACCGUCGGCGUACUUCAUCGGUCGAUUCCGCGUUGCGACGGUUGUGGGCAUCACCAUUCCUUUCGUUGCUGACGGGACCGGUGUCUGGGAGGGCUGCAGCGGGUUCGCGCAGAUCAUCGGCGCCAUCCUCAUGUAUCUCAUCGGACAGUCGACCAGCAUGGCCAUUGCCAGCUGGAGGGUCAUGUUCCUUGUCUGUGGAGGCGCGACCGUCCUGUCAGGCGUGCUGUUUAUCUGGCUGAUGCCUACUGAUACCACCACGGCGUGGUUUCUCGACGAGCACGAGAGGAAGAUCGCCACGGAGCGACUGGCCAGGGACCGGGCCACGCGAGACCGGACUCAGUUCGACAGAGACCAGGUGAAGGAAGCGCUGGUCGAUCCUCAGAUCUGGAUUCUCUUCCUGCUCGCGCUGUUCAUCUGCAUUCCGUCGCCGAUCUUGAAGCAAUUUCCAGACCAUGCUCGUCGGCCUCCCCAGCGGUGCUCUCCAAAUCGCCACGAUCUGGACCGCCGCACUCGCCAUGCGCUUCACGAGGAACAUGCGGUGCAUCUGGGGGAUAGCGCUGGCAUUGAUCCCGCUGGCGGGGAGCAUCGUGCUGCUGACACUACCGGCAAGACACCAGCAGUGGGGGAUCGUGGUCAGCACCUGGCUGGCAGCGCAGUCCUCGUCGCUGAUGGUCGUGACCCUCAGCCUGAUGGCGUCCAACGUCAAGGGGAACACGAAGAAGUCUGCCGCCGGCGCCGUCUACUUUCUCGGGAUACUCGACUGGCUGUAUCGUGGGGCCGCAGCUGUGGCAGGCACCUGACGCGCCGCGAUACAUCAAGGGAUGCAUCUCUAGCAUCGUCAGCUGGGCGUUGCUGA